UAUCAAAUUAAAUCACAAUAUCGAGCUUUGAGUCCGCAAUCAAGUUGCGCCCUUCAGUCUUCAAACAUACACCGCGAAUACCAUCAAGAUGCCAGAAUCCCGCCUCUUCAAGCCGCUCAAAUUGGGCUCUAUUGAGCUGACCAACCGCGUUGCCAUGGCUCCCCUGACACGGUUCCGCGCCGACGAUGAACACGUCCCCCUUCCCUUUGUCAAGGACUACUAUGGCCAGCGCGCCUCAUUCCCUGGCACACUGCUCAUUUCAGAGGCAACCUUCAUUUCCAAGCAGCACGGUGGCUACCCCAAUAUUCCCGGCAUCUACAACCAAGCGCAGAUUGACGCAUGGAAAAAAAUCACCGAUCAAGUCCACAAGAAGGGUAGCUUCAUCUACAUCCAGCUCUGGGCGUUGGGCCGCGUUGCAAAUAAGCAAUUCGCAGAGGCAAAUGGCUUCACAGUGAAGAGCUCCAGCGCGACGCAAUUAGGCGAAAAUGACGCCGUUCCCCAGGAGAUGACGCUUGAAGACAUUAAAGAGACAGUUGCAACAUACGCACAAGCGGCUAAGAACGCCAUCGCAGCUGGAUUUGACGGUGUGGAAAUCCAUGGCGCAAACGGUUACCUCAUCGAUCAGUUCUUGCAGGACAACUGCAACAAGCGCACAGAUUCGUACGGUGGCUCCGUUGAGAAUCGAUCCAGAUUUGCCGUCGAGGUCACGCAGGCGGUCGUUGACGCCGUUGGCGCAGACAAGACGGGCCUCAGGCUGAGUCCAUUCUCCGACUUCCAAGGCAUGAAGAUGGAGGAUCCGAUCCCCCAGUUCAGCGACAUCAUCAAGAAGCUCGACGCCUUCAACCUCUCUUACGUGCACCUCGUGGAAUCCCGCGUAUCCGGCAAUGCAGACAUUGAGAGCACCUACAAGCUCAACCCUUUCCUCCCGCUGUAUCGCGGCCCCCUCUUGAUCGCUGGCGGUUUCAGAGCUGACUCCGCUAAGCGCCUCAUGGAGGAGCACAAGGACCGCGAUGUUGUGGUCGUGUUUGGGCGGUACUUCAUCUCUAACCCCGAUCUUGUCUUCAGGCUGCAGAAGGGUAUCGAAUUCAACGAGUACAACCGCGAUACGUUUUACAACGCGAAGAGCGAGGAGGGAUACACUGACUAUCCGUUUAGCAAGGAGUUUGAGCAGGCGCAGGCGAGCUUGUAGAAUCUAUGGCUUGGGUCCGACAAUAGAGUUUAGAGGCAACGGUGUUAGCGGUUAGAGGCGCGAUUAGAUUGAAGCGUUCGAGCAUCAUGUGUAUAGAUUCGAAACAUAUCCCAACCGUAGCUCUAGAUAUCGACUUUGCGAACUCCCCACACUAUUUUCUCGAUCUUGAACAUAGUUGAUACCAUCAAUGACUCCCAGUAAUUCUUAUCUUGC